AUGCUAAAAUGGAAUGCAGAGUUUUGGUGGACGGCCAUUGAAGCUGCACUCGAGGGUGAGGAUGAGCUACCGACAUGGGAGGAAUUCAAGAAGAUGUUUUAUGACCAGUAUUUUCCUGAGUCAGUCAGAAUAUCUAAAGAAAAUGAAUUUUUAUCUCUAAGGCAGACAGAUGAUAUGAUUGUGCUAAAAUAUGCCAACAAAUUUACUAAGCUGGGUUGGUUCUGCCCUCAGAUGAUAGAGAUUGAGAGAAGCAAGGCUAAUAGAUUUGAGCAAGGCUUGAGGGACGAAAUUCGAUCCCGAUUGUCAGUUUUGAUUUUUACCAGCUAUGGAGAGGCCCUGGAGAGAGCACUGAAGGUAGAAGCAGAUCUGAAGAAAUCAGGGAAGGAAAGAGGUGAGCAGAAAAGGGCCGAGACGUCAAGGAAUCUGAUGAACCGACCAAGAAACUUUGAAGGCCCUCCUAACAAGAAGAAGAAAUUUAAGACUUGUUAUUACUGUGACAAAAUGCAUUCUGGUCCUUGCUUGAAGAGGAUGGGAGCCUGUUUUAUAUGUGGGCAGCCAGGACACAUAGCCAGAGAUUGCCCGAACAAAAAGAAGGUUGAAUCUGGACCUUCUAGACCAAUUGUUCAGAUGUUCUCUGCAUCCUUGCAUCUUAUGCCUGAUAAGUUAGAUGAGCCUUUACUUGUUGCCACCCCUCUCAAGAAGACAGUAGUGGGUGAUGCACCCACUAUAAAUCCCUCUUUGCACAUUAUCUCUGCAAUGAGUUCAAGGAAGGCCCUCAGAAAGGGGUGUCAGGCCUACCUAGCUUGUGUGGUAGACACUACAAAAGAAACCAAGCUAGAGGAUAUCCCUGUUGUGAGAGAGUAUCCAGAAGUAUUCCCUGAUGAUCUACCUGGAUUACCUCCUGAUCGGGAGAUUGAUUUUCGGAUCGAUCUCUUACCGGGUGUUGGGCCUAUCUCGAAGGCUCCUUAUCGGAUGGCCCCGGCAGAGCUGAGAGAGUUGAAGGUUCAUCUACAGGAACUUCUAGAGAAGAAAUUCAUCCGCCCAAGUGUUUCACCAUGGGGAGCUCCUGUACUAUUUUUCAAGAAGAAGGAUGGAAGUAUGCGGCUGUGUAUUGAUUACCGGGAGUUGAACAAGGUGAUAGUGAAGAACAAAUAUCCUCUGCCCUGGAUUGAUGAUUUAUUUGAUCAGCUACAAGGUGCCCAAGUCUUCUCCAAGAUAGAUCUGCGAUCUGGGUAUCAUCAAUUGAAAAUCCUAGCAGAUGAUGUGCCGAAGACUGCAUUUCGAACCAGGUAUGGGCACUAUGAAUUUUUAGUUAUACCAUUUGGACUAACCAAUGCGCCAGCUGCUUUUAUGGAUCUGAUGAACAGGGUCUUUAAGCAGUAUUUGGAUCAGUUUGUUAUUAUUUUCAUUGAUGAUAUACUGAUCUAUUCUAAGAGCAAAGAAGAACAUGAAGAUCACUUGAGAGUGGUAUUACAGAUUCUUCAGGAGAAUAGAUUAUAUGCCAAACUGAGCAAAUGUGAUUUCUGGCUGGAUAGUAUUGCAUUUCUUGGUCAUGUAAUCUCUAAAGAAGGGGUAUCAGUGGACCCAAAGGAAAUAUAA